AUAGCAACUGUGUUGUUCAGAUAUUGCUUGCUACAAUAGCACCCACAACUUCUGUAACUUUCACGAGUUACAAAAAAACACCGCCACCCGUACCCCCUCGUACCACCUCUAAGCCACUAAUUUCAGUUACAGCACAGAGCAGCACAGAAUCAACCCAGGAUGCCUAUCAAGAUAGCCGGACUCAGGGGAUUUCCCCGUGGCCUCAGGAUGGCCGAGGAAUGUACAACUCCACGGACAGUUUGGAUAGUAAUAAGGCUAUGAACCUUGCCAUGGAAACGGCAGCCGCACAACGCCACAUGUCGGACAGUCAAAUUAGCUCCGUGCGAACCAGCGACAAGGCCAUCCUCGCAACAAAGGCUGAGGAGUUCCUGAAGAGUCGCCGCUCAUCCAUAGGGAUCCAGGUGGAAGCAGCAACUGAUUCAGAUACUGAUAGCAGAGGCUUACGGGAGUAUCAUUCGGUAGGGGUGCAAGUGGAAGAUGAUAAACGCCAUGGACGGUUUAAACGCUCAAACAGUGUAACAGCAGCUGUUCAAGCCGAUUUAGAACUUGAAGGCUUUCCUGGACACAUAACAAUGGAGGACAAAGGACUUCAGUUUGGUGGCUCUUUCCAGCGACAUUCAGAGCCAAGUACUCCUACUCAGUAUGGUGCAGUAAGAACUGUACGGACACAAGGUCUGUUUAGCUAUAGAGAAGAUUACAGGACCCAAGUUGACACCUCCAGUCUCCCACCACCUGAACCCUGGUUGGAACCAUCCAUUGAGACAGUUGAAACAGGACGGAUGUCUCCAUGUCGCCGAGAUGGAUCUUGGUUUAUGAAGCUGCUACAUACUGAGACUAAAAGGAUGGAAGGAUGGUGCAAAGAGAUGGAGAGAGAAGCAGAAGAAAAUGAUCUUUCUGAAGAAAUUCUAGGUAAGAUCCGAAGUGCUGUAGGAAGUGCACAGUUACUAAUGUCUCAAAAAUUCCAGCAAUUCUAUUGGCUUUGUCAACAGAAUUUGGAUCCCAGUGCUAUGCCCCGGCCAACUUCACAGGACCUAGCAGGAUUCUGGGACUUGUUACAACUCUCAAUUGAAGAUGUCAGUAUGAAGUUUGAUGAACUGCAUCAACUGAAACUGAAUGAAUGGAAAAUAAUAGAAUCACCUGAAAAAAAGGAAGAGAGAAAGGUUCCUCCGCCUGUACCAAAGAAGCCCCCUAAAGGAAAAUUCCCCAUUACACGAGAAAAGUCUUUGGAUCUGCCUGACAGACAGCGCCAAGAGGCUCGAAGACGGCUCAUGGCUGCUAAGAGGGCCGCCUCUUUUCGGCAAAAUUCAGCUACCGAGCGUGCAGACAGCAUUGAGAUCUAUAUUCCAGAAGCCCAAACGAGGCUUUAA